UUUCUCUCCAGUGUGUUUUCAGACCUGUUCAUAAGCCGGCUGGACAACAGCAGCACCAACCUGAAGAAAAGGCUCUUGAGGAAAGUGAAAUGCUACAUUGAAAAUGCCAGUAAAGUCUUCACGGGAGACUUUCAGCAGGAUGCUCACGAGUUCCUCAUGCUGUCCCUGUCCUGCCUGAAAGAGGAAGGCCAGAUGCUGAAGAUGUCUUCUCCCACAUACACUUGCCCCGUAGCCAAUAUGGAGUUCAAGCUUGAAACGGAGCGCACCUGUGUCAGUUGUGGUCUCCAGAAGACAUUUACUGAGGACGCAAACUACAUCUCGCUGGUCCUCGGCCAGAAUGCAAGCGUGUCAGACAGCCUGCAGCAGUACAUGAGCGUGAGCGUCAGCGCUAAUCUCAGUAUACUGCAUGAGCAACAACAUGUCAUUUCUGAUGGGUUUCUUUCUUUCCUUCAGGCGUCUUCAGUUGAUUGCAUGUGCUGCAACUGUAACGGCACGAAGGCCUCUGUGACCCAGAGGUUUUACAGUUUCCCAAGAGUUCUGGUUUUGCUGGUGUCGCGCUUUGAUAUGCUGUCUGAUUGUAAGCUGAGGAAUCGACUGAAGAUUACAGAAGAGUUGACGCUGUCCUCUGUUAAAGCAGGAAGAACCGGCCGACACCAGGGUGGAGUAUAGACUCACUGGAGCAGUGUCACAUUUAGGAAGCAAACUGUUUUCUGGACACUACAUAAGUCACAUUCGGGAUCCAAGUGACGAUGGAUGGCUGCGUUGCAGUGACUUUUCCGUCAGGAAAACCAGCUGGACAGAAGCGUCCGAAGAAAUAAAGAGGAACUGCUACAUGCUGUUCUACAUCAAGCGGUGAUUAAACGCUCUGUGUUUUUAACAUUCAGAAUGGGCUCUGUGCACAGCUAGAGUUUUAAUGUUGUAUAUCUAACAGGCAGUGAAGAUCACAGAUUUUUAAAGAAAUCAGAUCUUCCUUGGCGCUGCCUGGCUGAAAAUUAAAAGUCUGUGUGCAUACAGCCCAUUUCAUUCUCACUUGGUUCCGUCUCUUGCUGUGGGAUAAAAACACUGAAAUCCUCUGUUGUUUCUGUAGAUGAGCAGCAGUUUUUAGUCCUCAGUCCUGAAGAGGUGGAGAACAGCAGACUGAGCUUCAGAAGAUCAAGAGUCAGAAGAUUCUGCCAGAUACUUGCAUCAAAACCCCCCUGAGACCUUCAGAACACACAUGAAGAUAUUUUGGAUUAAAUCAGAGAGCUCCUGACCCGCAUAUAAAGGAAACAUUCAUGUUACUCCACUCUUGCUGUAUAUGGAGGGUCAGGGGACAGAUGAAUGAAAGGCUGAACAGUUUGGAACUAUAUGAGUGCAAGUAAAUGAUGACAGAUUUGAUGUGAACUGUAACUUGAGCACUGCAAUCAAUAAAAAAUAUUUGUCCAAUCCUCGCAAACUCUGUCAAUUAUUUACAGAGCUCUGAACGCUCUCCUUCCAGUGCAUCAGUAUAUAAGUGUGUCUGAAGUAUUAGGAAUUAGGAAUUACUCACUUUCUAAACCCCUGAGGCCUUCAUUUAUCUUCAGAACACACUCGGUCACUUCAGAAUCAGUGCAGUUACUUGCGUUAUGGUGGGAAAAAAGCUUUCAGAGUAAUAACAUUGUGAAGGAAGUUACUUUUUGACAUGCAUUACAAACCGCAGUCCUGGAGGGCCAGUGUCCUGCAUAGUUUAGCUCCAACUU